UAAAUUUGUACUGUCUCCCUUUUCUUAUAAUAUAGUAUGUAAUUCAGUAUAAUUUUGCUUCAUGAAAUGGAGAAAUUAUAGCGCGUAUGUUAUAUAUUAUUAAUCUGUCUGGACUGUGUAAGAUCAAUUGAGAUAAUGUGUUCACGUUCGUACUUCCUCUUCCAUCAAUGCGCAUAUCUCUCACGGGCAAUAUAUAUACGAGUCACGAAAUGCGAAUUCAUGCCGCAGAAAAAGGAUAUAGAUCUGUAAUAAAUCAACGUUGCGAUAACGCGUCGGAUGUUUCUGUUUCUCAUCGUUAAAGGAACUGAUUUUGAAGAUUAAAUCCUCAGGUCCAUCGGAUGUAAACCGUAUGUUUACAUUAUAUUUCUAAUUAAUGUUCGAGUCGAAAAUUAACUUGUUCUAUCUUAUAAAUCUCCAAUUUUCAGGCACAGUCUAAAUCUGAAUUUACAAACUAUGAAAAUGCCUUAUUAUCUAAGACUCUAUCAAUUUGCGUGAUCUUUUUUUGUAACUUAUGUAAAGUAAUUUUUAUCAACGUUUUCAAACACACACAUGAAAUUAAUAUUUUAGAAUUUACAGCGUUAAAUCGAUACAAUGUGUACUUUCGGACGGUGCUUUAUUUAAAUUUAAAUUUUCGAAAAACUCGUUAAAUUCCAACGUUAACGCAAAAUAGUCGGCAUUUCCUUUUAAUCGUUCAUUAUUCAUGAAUAGCUAAUGGCGUUUUCGUCAACCCUGCCUUGUGCCGUCCCUGGUCGUUGUCCCUCGAUCAAGAUCCUGAUCCAUGCCGGCCAGUCUUGCCGCGCCAGCGCGAUCGAGAGGAUCGAUGCUGCACAGUUCCAGCGCAUCGGUGCUCCGGUUCGAGAAAUCGAAUGUACAGUGAUUCUCAAUAGGAUUAACCGAGAUCAAUAAUGAAGUGGAUUCGAUAGUAAUGCGUAUCUCUAUUUGUGCAAUUACUUGUCGAAUGUGUCACGUGGAUCCGCUGCAAUCUGCCGGAGGGGUUCGCGGAUUAAUAAAUUCACUACCGCAAUGGAAAACCUACUUCACUUUUCCCAAAUGAAUUAAAUCCCGUGAGCAAAUUCGCGAUAUUCUUCAUUUUUUCCUCCCUCGUACAUCUCUAUGCCAAGAAUCUGUCAAACGAGAUUCGGUUAUACAUCUUCAUUCUUGCGCGCGGUAAAUUAUUUGGGUGUACUUUUGGAACAGUGGCGAAGUAUAUAAAGCUCUCUUGUCUGCGUCAUUAAUUCGAGAUUAAAUUAAUGAGCGCCGAUUAAGGGCUUCCUUCUUCUCACGAGAUCACGACAGCUCGCAUUGCCUCGAACGACGACUUAUUACGCUCGAUUUAGAUUCCAAUUGACCGCGUAACUCGUACGUAUCUACACGAUACUCCCGAUUAAAUGUAUCGCUCGAAUUCUUUCGACUUAUCUUCGUGAAGCAAACAGCCCGGAGUCAAACGAAGCAAAAUCCGCUGAUUACAUGGGCUGAUUCACACGUAGUAUCUGAUAAGUGACUCAUAACUCGUUACUUAAAACUUAUGAAACCUUUUUUAAAUGCCAGACAAAUAAUUUUUUAUUUGUAGUUUCGCAGACGCAUAAAAAAUAGACAAGUGCGAUUCUAUAAUGGAGUAACUAACAACUAGUCGUACAGGUAUCGAAGAAACCGAGAGAACUGUACAUUCUACGAUAUUCUUUAACUUUUUUUCGAUCUUGUACAAUGACGAGAGAAAGGUUAAACGUUGAAUGACGCGCAUGCGCGUUUUUUAUUCGUCGCCCGGUAAUAUGUUAAUUCAAUUUAUCUUGCUGCACGCAACACGUCCCAUUCGUCUCUGUCUAUCGCUCGGUGUUUACAUCCGUGUUCAUUUCCCUCAACAUUCUUCCUCGUUUCUUCCGCCGCGCGUUACUUUUUCCGCGGCUUUUCCCCGCUCGCGAAAUUGCAUCCUCGCAUACAUCAGCGCGGCUGUCAUGCCUUUCCGGCAUCGUGACUUUUUCAGAACGGGAUAAUUAUUAUCUCUUUAGAUCCUCGGGACCCUGAAAUUUCGUGCGCUCGCAGUUAGUUAUAAAAGUGUAAAUAUUUGGAAUCUUAUUUCACGAAUUUAUACGUGUAUAUCACGAUAAUCUUACGAUACGUUAGUAUGCUCCGUUAUACGUUAAGAUGAGAAUUGAAUCGCCAGAGCACUCCUGCAUUAUGCAAAUUCAUAAUUCACGACGGAAUCACGAAUAUUAAAGCAGACAAGUUCGAGCUCGCUGCUAGUUUCUUAAGGACACUACUCUCCUCGAGCUGUCGUAAUCCCUGUUUUAUUAACGUAAGUCGAAAUUCCUCGCAAAUUAUGCCGAACUUUCCGUCACAAAGUUUAACUAAACAUGUCAACUCCGCUUGUCCGGGAACUAAUAAUAACAUCAAUUAUCCGUUCGUGCGUUCGUUCGUUCCUGUGCAGAGUAAUAAAAUUAUAAGUAAUUAUCGGUAUAACAGGAGUCACAAUACUAAAAUUCCCCGUAAAUUUCUAUGGCCUAGAGAGAUCCACGUUUUUGACGUAACAAUUACCCUUGAUUUACAGUUGUGAUGUAGUGUAUACGUCUUAACAUUGCACAAAGGUAUCGAGAUCGCAUUCUCUCCGUCCCGGUAAUAGUGCAUAAUUUCACGUGAUAGUGGUGGUAUAUAACGAGAGAUAGUGCCUGGAUCCGCUUUGAAGUGCAACACAAGGGGCUGCAAUUACCUUCUCGCGAUACGCGACGUCGCUGCCAGUCCGGUUCGCGCGGAUCGCGGAUGAAAGGAUGCGAUUAACGUGCGCGAUUCGCCGUUACGGGACUGUGAAAUUCGCGGAACGACGACUUGCCUAGCCUAGCUCUGCGGCAAUUCCGUAAUGCACUUCUUACGCGAUAUCGGAACGGCGCAAAAAUAAAGAGAGAGAGAGAGAGAGAGAGAGAGAGAGAGAGAGGCUAUCGAUCGUCUCCGCCGUGGCGGCGUUUGUGAAAUCGGCCGCGGGACUGAUGUCACGAAGCAAUCAGUGUACCGCGAAGUGUACACUGUCCUUCUAAAUUGCAAUGCUCUCUCUGUCCGCGAUAACGGCACACGGCUCGUCGCCGAUACGCCAGUCUGCAAAAAACGUACCUCGACGGAAACGUACAAUUGUGGUCUAAUUGGGAACAAUGCCAUUGUGCGCGAUUGGAGAAAGUUUAGAGGCUUUAAGAGAAUGUUACCGCAAUAUACGUCAUUAUGUGCGUCCCCGGAUACCCUUUCAUUUCGCCGUGAAAUGGAACAUCGCGAAAUGAUAACGCGAGAUACGCCAGAGCUUGUUCCAGCCUCAAUUACGACAGCGGCCUCAUCCGCAAAGGACUCUUUACGUCCGUGAUGUACUCCGCGCGCGUUGGAUUUCGAACAAUUCUUCCAUCGUCUCUUCGCAAAGUCGGGAUUUCUUGACAACGCAUCAACGAUCAAAGUACCAUCACGCGGACACGCGCCGCUCGAUUCGGCUCGCGGGUACGCGAUGUUACGUACUCUGUACGAGUGAAUUUCGCGGCGGUACUUCAAAUGCGGUAGUUUCCGGCGCGGAAUAAUAGUUUCGCAGCUUGCCGCGGCUACGGAUUGUUUCUGCUCCGCUGGCGCGACGCGUUUCGCUAAUUUGCCUCGAUAAUGUUCGCUGACAGAAUUCGCUGCAAAACCGAAACUGGGUUCCCGAAUUUAAAGCCAGUCGACCAGCCGCAGCGGCAAAGCGCAACGUCCCUUGCUCGAAGUUGCAAGGGACGACAUUGUGACGAGUAUUGUAUAAAAGAGUAUUCAACGUAACGCAAUUAUUAUCGGACCGUUGAGCCUUUCGGUGCACUUGACGACAGUUCGAAGAAAUCCCAAGGCCGAAAAAGCGUGUUCCUUUUCGAGAUAAUAAUCAUUUAUCUUGGAAAAAAAAAAAAAAAAAAACUGUCACAUCUAUUUAUGUCUCCGAUUGCAGCGACAAUGUUAAUGAGUCAUUGAGUUUACGUGCGUCAUAUCUAAAGACCGAUAAUUAGUGUGAACAAAACCUCGCUAAAGCUUGUCAUCUCUCUGUUUCCCAUCGAGCAUCGUUAUAUUUUCGCGUUUCAUGCUGCGUUGCGUGCACGAGCAACGACGCAAGUGCCCCUCUUCCACGAAUCCCAUUUUUGGGAAUUCAUCGGUCGCGCGUAAAUCCACCGUGCAAUCCCGGGGAGGAGCAAUAAUCUUCGAGGAAACCGGAGCCGCGGGAAACCGCACCCGGCCGCGGUGCACGAGGGCAACCGGCGUCGAAGGACACCGCCGAGAAAGAAGUUAUCCUUUGCGUGGCGAAUCGCGUUACAACGCUCCGCGGGAUCGGAGACGAGGCAACUCGUGUGCACGGCGCGCUGGAAGCAGAAAUGCAUCGAGCGCGACUCCGACGAGAGGCGCGUUCGUGACUCGCGAGAGGAACUCGAAUGGUCCACGGCGGUCGGAAGGGAACUCGAGAGAAGUUCGCCGUCGUGCGCGCGUCAUCAAGGGAAUUUGCGCGCGUCAAGGGAGCGCGACGAGCAAAAAAAUGCACGCAGCAUCGACGAUACGCGGUCGCCGGAGCGAAUCCGCGACGCACCGGUGUGCCGCGGCGGGCGAGAGAGGAUUAGAGAUUGCAAAAUCGAUGCAAUCGACAGCUGCACCGCCGACGUCGCGCGGCAUUGACUGCGCAGCGAUGUUUCUCGGUUAAUGCCGACACGGGAUUGCACCGCGUCGAUUACGCUGCGUGACCUGGAAUCGUCCGGAUACGCAGCCGCGGUCGUUUUAUUGAGGAUAAUAACGGCUCCUUUCGACAGGCAGGAGUAAGUAAGGAUAUCUUCGUGUCCAGCACGUCUUUCCUGCUUUCUUCGACAAAGAUGCUGCUUUGCGAUAGAAAAUGAACGAUGAAAUAAUUUCGAGAUCCAAUGUCGGCAGCCACAUUCCUUUCGCCGACGAGGAUGCGAUCCACGCGGACGACAGUGCCUCCUGUCUGGUCACUUCAUGGAUCACGUCGAAAGGGUUGACGAACGCCGAGGAGGACACGUGUUCGCGGAACGUGCGGAGCUUCACGACCUUCCGGGCUUCCGGUUUACCGGCGAUUGCGAGGCGGGACUUGCCGUUGUCCGACGACGGCAAGAUGCUCAAUCAUCGGCGGGAGUCGCCUCAGCAACGCUACGCGCGUCAACCGUCCGUUCCGAAGACAGACCAAAGCGAAGAGAUCGAAGGCGCUUCGUCGCGCAACGAGAACGCGGCGAUAAAAUACCAAAAGCCGAAGCCACGUCCCAGGCGACAGAUCAGCCGGGAGCGCCAACAACAGCGGCCGCAGAGCAAUUACUCGAGCAGCGAUGAGAGCGUCGCGAGAAACAAGUCGAAGAGCACUAGCUCGAUCGACACGCAAUCAGUGAACAAUAUUCUGGACGAAUACGAAGAUCUGGACUAUCGUAGAUCGUCGGAUCUCAGUGACGUCGGUAAUAUCAGCGUGACAAAUUUCGAGGCAAUAAUGAUGGAUCAGCAAAGACGGCAGCAAAUAAAGUCGAAGCAGAUAAAGUCGUUGCCCAGCGCGAAAAUUCAAACCAAAUCGAUUCCGACGACGAGGGAAAAGGUUCAACCGGUGUUAAAGGUGAACCAACAGACUCAAGUGAGACAGCGCUCGCGAGACAGACAGAAGGACAUCAACAAGGGACAACUGCAAGAUACCUGCUGCGUCCCGCCGUCGGUUACAAUAGACGCGAUCGAGAGCGGCCGUUUGAAAAUGCCUGAACUCUUGUUGCGUAAAGGAGAGGUACAAAAAAGAGUAGACGAAUGGUUAAAUCAAGCGCACAGUCAAAACUUUCCGGCGACUCCCCGUGAAAAACCCUUGACAAGGUCCAACAGCAGCGCCGAGCAGAAGAGUCAACGGAGAUACCGUGGCCAAGACUCGCGAUCUCGAUCGUCGAUCGAUGAGGCGAGGGAGAGAUUAAACGGGGGAGCUUCGUCGAGUUACGACGAUCUGACUCGCGUGAAUCGCAGGUUGGAGCGUGGCCGGCCGGAGAAGGUGAACGUCGGUGUGAACACUAAUAGGGGCACAUAUAAAGAAUACUUGGCGGUGCGGAGUAAGCAGCAGGAUUAUGGCUUCAGCGCACAGUCGAGCGUCGCAUCAUCGAGAGCUGGUGAUUCCAAUCCGGCCUCCAGGAUUCCUCAGAGAGGACCUCUUGGUUCGAGCUUCAAGUCCAGGCGUACCGAAGCGAAUCUUGAGGAGAAAACUGUAGCCGCAAGUAGAAUUAUGAAUUUGCCGAAGACUAUGGGCGAGUCUGAUUACGGUAGAACCGUUAACUGCAGCAGUUCGAAGAUGAUGGAGGUGUCUCACGGUACGACAACAAUGACGGUAACGACGACAGCGACGACAGCGUCGACACCGUCGUCAAUUAUUUCCUGCAAACGGCCGUCGCUGAAGCGUUCUGGAAACAGUGUGAAUGAAAACUGUGCGACGAUGGAAGCAGUGCACUCACUUGUUAAGGAGGGGACGGACCCGUCGCGCGAGCUGGGCUCCUCGAAGGGCCUACUACUGUUGCCCGGAGGCAGCCUAAGUGACCAAGGUGAGCCGAUCUCACCAAAUAAGGACGGAGAAAGUAGGCGGCCGACUGCUACGGCGAGCGGGCCGAUGCCACGACCUGUUGCCGCCGAUAAAACGGUCGAGGCGGCCUGUAAAUCGAUGGAAGUGUCGACAAGAUGCGCCACAAACUAUCCUCCUCGAAGUAACACGUCGAGGAUUGUUUCACCGGCGGACUCUGACCGCAUCAUCGCGGUCGAAACGCCGCGACGCCGACUCCAGUUUUGUGGCGAUGUCCGAAGGGAGCCCAGAUCGAUUGAUCAAUCGCGGCAGGAGCAACCGAUUUAUGGCUCGGCAGUUAGCGCUCGUGUAAGAGCUCUUCAAGGCCAAGUGGAGUCGCGUACUCCGAGAAACAGGUAUCACCAAGUCACAGGGACGUCGAUGGAGGUCAAAAGGCCACCGGUUCUGCCGCGUAGGGAUCCUGGCGUGUCUCCCUCGCGAGAUGUUGGAUCGCAGGAUCGAACGAAGAUAUCGAUUGCCGUGCCUUCGUCGAGCUUCAAGCCAAAUAAUCGAGUCUGCGCCACAAUCGGCGAUUCGCAGCAACAGCCGAACGAGCAGAACAUUGUAAAAUCCAAGAUUGCAGUCUGCGAAAAUAUUCCGUCCGUCAGAGUCACGCGUUAUGCCUCUCCCGAUCACGUGGAGAGAAUAUACGAACGUAGCCUGCAACCGCAAGUAAUCCAUGCAGACGAUCUCGAAUCAAUUCUUCGACCUUCCUUGCAAGCGUCGCCUUAUGGUGAAAAGGUCGGCGUUUCUAGACUGGAUCGAGCUGUCAAGGAAACGUCGUCGUCACUCGAAGACGAAACGUUCGACAUGAUGAUCGGCGAGUCUCGACACGAGCAUCUCGAGACUAUCGAGGAGGACGACCGGAAGAGUGAAGCCUCGAUCUGCAGAUAUCCGGAAAUCGGGCUAAAGCAGUGUCUGAAGGUGCAGAAAAGUUUGCCGAACGGCAGAUCAAAAGAAUUGGCAGACAAGAGGAAAGACAAUCCGAUUUAUGUUAAGUGGAAUCAACAGCAGCAGGUUGUUCGUAAUGAGCCCGCGAAAACCUUCGCCACUUUCCAAACUUGCCAGAGUAACGUUAAAUCGAGCGGCAGAUCUCGAUCUCCGGAGAUAAAAGAAUCCAGAGGUCACGAAGAGAUUAAACAAGAUCCAGACGAGUCGACGAUAAUCCUUCAAGAUCUCAUGGUUGGUUACGAAAACGCGCCACGAGAAGAUCAAGACCAACUGACGGUCCAUUCGCGAGAGAACAGCAAUUUGUCGACCGCCACAAUUCCUAUGGAUGAACUGGAGAACCAGGGAGGCUCGAGAUUAAAGAUUGAGAAUGAUCCUUCUCGAAAUAAACUUCAGUUCGGUGAAAAGUUGCAAGAUCGUGUAGUUGAAGAGACGAUAAAGAACGCCGACGAACGUGGUGCUGUGGUCAACGAAGUUCUCGUUAAGAACCUUCGGUUCGAGCAGGAUCUACCGGAAAAUACGGUCGAACAAACGAGACCGGAUCAUGUGAUACAACAGGUGAAUUUUCAUAAUAUUUUGUGCGACGAUUACGAAAGUGAAAAGUUGAAGAACAAGAAGAUGACGAAGGAAGAAAUAGAACACCAAAGGCUAAUAGAUAUGUUAAAGAAAGGAAAUUUCGAGUCGCUGAAAACGGAGCUGGAAAGGAGUUACACCCUCUCGACCCCGGGGGGUAGCAGUCCCGUUUGUUGUCCGCCUUGCAGCCCGCCGCCCGCGCCGGCCGCAUACAUAUCGAGCGCGCGCGCGUCCUCGCGUAGACUCGGCGCCGGAAGUGGCCUCGGCGGGCCCACAUCCCCAGAGAGGGAUCCCCUGGGAAGACUAUUGAGAUUCCUGAAGACCUUCUACAGGGAGUUAGGCACCCGCGAUCCGCCCCAUCUACCGCCAUGGGCGUCCCCGCUGCCGCUCGGCAGCCUCUGUCCAGCGCAUUUUCAGCCGCAUCUGCAGCUGGUGCACAAGAGCGAGCAGGAGCACCGUCUCGAGAACAUCAAGCCCGACCAGAUCUUCGCCCCUGUCAGGUUGAGCGACGGUACCGUGUCCGAAGCGCCGCGGCGCGUCGCCGUCGAGGGCGGUCCCGGAAGCGGCCGGACUACUCUCUGUCUGCGGCUACUGCACCAGUGGGCGACUCAGAGCGACGGUCCCGCUCUGGCGUUCAUCGUGCCGCUGCGCGAGCUUCGCGGCAGUCCCGUCCUGAAUUACCUGGCUCGAGAAUUGUUCCCAAGAACUGCCGCGUUGGGCGACGCGGUCGCCCAGGUGUGGCGCACCUUGCACCUGAUGGAGGACCGCGUGCUCUUCGUCCUGGACGGUUACGACGAAUGCGUGGGCGGCCGGACGUCGCUCGGCGACGCGGCCGACCUCCUGGAAGGACGGCUGUUCCCGGACGCCAGAAUCCUGGUCACGUGCUCGCCCAGCAACUCGAUCGCCCUCGCGCCCCUGGUCCAGCGCAGAAUCCAUCUGGCCGGCCUCGAGUGGCCGCACGUCGAGCGUCUCUGCGUGGCCUACUUCAUUCACAACGACAUCGCCGAGAAGGCUUGCGAGUUCCUUGAGGCGCUCAACGUCCAACCGCAGUCCGUCAGACAACUCGGCCAGCAUCCGCUCGGUUGGAUCAUGCUCUGCUGCUUAUAUCAGGACUUCGGAAGCUUGCCGACCGAGACAAGCGCCCUCGUACAAGCGGCGGUGAAGUGCAUCGUGAAGAGGAGCUUAGACCCACCGAUUCCCUAUAACGAGGAAAUCCCGGGCCAUUGUAGGAAGCGUCUCGAGGACUUCGGCAAGGUGUCCCUGGCUGCCCUACGGGAGGGCAGAUGCUGUUACACGGAGGCCGAGCUGAGGGCGCGGGGUGGCGGGAUCGAGGUCACUCGACUCGGCUUCCUUACGAGGGGAUUGACCUUCGGUCAAAGACGCAAGCCGGACCUUUAUACGCCCAUCCACAUGGCGGUGGCGGAAUUCCUGGCGGCAUACUAUCUCACCUCAGUGGCACAAUACGCUAACAUUCUACGCCGCGAAUUGGAGGGCCUACCAUCGGGCAUUAUUGGUCAUCUGGCCGGUCUGCUAGGCCCCAAGACUCACCUGAUUCUCAAUCAAUUGUGUCCCCUGGAAGUGCCACCUAGAGCUGUGUUCUCAUUGUUGAAGGCGGCCGGCGCGUCCGACGGCAACAUCUCCGCGGUCUGCCGUUUGGUCGGCGCGGGUCCCGGAUUCGGGCCCGCGCCUAACGAACGACCGCCGGCCCCGUUGGUGCACACGUCUCCUCUAGAGCUCGAGGGAUGGGCCAGGAUUCUCGAGAGUCCCGCAUGCACGCUCGAGGCGCUCGAGGUGGUGUUCCAGGUCGAACGUGGAUCCGAUCCGAGAUAUCUGGACGACUUUUUCGACGCGCUCGCCGGUAACGAGAGCGUGAAACUUGUCAGGAUCACGUCUCUGCUGGGGCAGGAAUUCCCCGCGGACGAGGCGCAGCGAUUGGCCGGACAUCUGAAGAGCGUGCUCGGCAAGAAGAAGCUCAACGACUUCGAGCUUGUCAUCACUUGUCUCGAGGAGGCGGCCCAUGAUAGACUGGAGUGCGUGGUGAACGCUCUUUGUCGCGGCCUGAGUCACGCCUCCGGCAGUCUGUCGCGUCUGGUGCUCGACAUGAAUCUGUCCGGCGAGCAAGUGUCCCGGGUGUGCGAGGCACUUCGCGACUGCAUUCAAGUGCAGGCGUUGCACUUGCCCCAUUUAGGCUGCGGAUGCGAGGGCCUAGCAUCGGUCGCCGAGCUGCUAAAGGAACGGCCGCUGCUGGCGCUCAACCUGGCUGGCAGUUGGGGCGCCAAGAAUGAGGAUCCGUCCAGCUCUGGCAUCAGUUCAGGUUCAGGUUCCGGGUCGGGCAGCAGCGGCUGCGCGUCCAGCACCCUCGGCACCCUGCCGCUGAAUCGCUGCUACUCGUCCCUACCCAGGGGCGCGCUAACGGCUUACGGCAGCCUGACACGACCCGCCACCCUGCCGCGUCUUCCUCUGGGACUGGGCCUGGGUCCGACGCCGAACACCGGCAAUGGACCUCUGCCACAAAACGACCGGGAUCGAGACAGCAACGGAAGCAGCAAGAGAAACAGCGACAGCGUGCUCUGUCAUCGGUUGCCCCUGUUGCAUCCCCUGCCCACGUGCGACGUUCCCAGCCAUCAAGGCACCGGCUUCCACGAGAUAUUCAACGCUAUCAGAGAGCCAAACUGCAAACUGAGAUCACUGAACGUGUCCAAAUGUCUUCUGGGCGGCUUAGAUGCCGGCUGUUUAGGCGAGACCAUAAGGAAGGCCCGCAAUUUGGACGCUCUGAGGGCUGCUGGAGCGUCGAGGCCGGCUGACGUGAUGCCCCUGGUGCUGGCCCUGACGGAAGCGCCCUGCCUCCAACUGCUGGACCUGUCUAGUCCUCGACUGGCGCUAGACGAUCACCCUUCGAGGCUGUUGUGCCACGCUCUGGCCAGGAACACAACCCUUAAACUACUCAAUCUGGAGGGAUGGACUUUCCGAAUAGAAGAAUCCGACAGUCUGGCGGUAUUCUCCGAGCUGCUGAGAUACACGAGCGUGCGUGAGCUGAGCCUGUGCAACGCGCGCCUGCAUUUAGCGGUGCAUGAAGGUCCUUUGUCGAGAUUGGGACGUCGCGACGACGCCGGCGCCGAGCUCCUGCGAGCAGCACCACCUCCGGCCUGUCCCGCGAUUGUCUUCCUGAGGCUAGCCGGAUUUCAAGUGACAGUGAACGAUCGCCUGGCGUUGCGCGGACCAUUGCUACUGCCAUUCCUGGCAGGUUUUACAUCGCUGAGUGAGCUCGACCUAUCGCUGGAUAAAUCGACAAUCGGCGGUAGCAGCGGUUCGCUGCUCUUCAUCGACGACAAGAUCCUGCAGCAGUUCUUCUGCUGCCUGGCAGCGCACUUCCGCAGUCUACAGUCGCUCCGGAUCAACUUCUGGCGGAUCACUUUGGAGGACAGCGACCGCACGAUGCGACAGAUCGCUAAACAUCUCAAGCUGUGCGGCCUGAGCUUUCUAAAGGCGAAUGGCCUGAUCGUAACCGACAGCGCCAAGCGCGUGCAGAUGGAACACGUGUUCAUACAAACUAUUCUUACACACCUGCAGAGUCUCACCUGGCUGUGCCUGGACGGCGUCGAGCUGACCGAGACGCAGGCCACCAGCGUGGGUAAGUGCGUGCGGGAUCGUUACCCUGGUACUACUCUGGAAAUCAGCGCCAAGGACGUGCAUGUGAGAUCAGUCAAGGCCCUGGUGACCGCGGCCGAGGAGGGCGGUAGGACGGAGGUAGUUUACACCGGCGGCUCCAGCUGCCGCCUGAAGAUCACGAAGCUCCAGAAGGGCGGCCGAGGCAAGAAGAAAUGAAGGGGUCGCGGGCGACCUAAUUUGGAGGAAGUUAUCCUGGCACACAGUUUACCGCGAGGUAAAGGUGAACGGAGAGAGUCGAUCGAACAAAUUCGAGAGUUGAGAGUCGAGAAAUCGAUUGAUCUCUUCACGGAUGCUACUGUGAAACUAGGAGAGUUCCGCGAGAUUGAAGGGAAAAAGAGUAGCAGGAGAGAGAAAAGGGAUUAAGUCAACAGAUCGUUCUGGAGAAGUGAUGCGAAAAAGAUACCCGGAGAAUCGGAAAAGGGAUUAGAUAAGACGGAGAUAUAAUGUAGAUUUUCUAGGAACGACGGAUAUCAAAGAGAGAGAGUAUAUAUUGAGUGAGCAUUGACGUCGACUUCGGCCACGCGUAAGGCGCGUAUAGAAUGAAGAGAAGGCUGAAGAGAGAAAAUAAAAAAGGGAAAUGCGGGUUGACUUUUACGGAUUUUCGUCUUACUGUGAUUUCAUUUUCUGCGCGUCAGGCGUGCGCUCACCUACAAUAUAGAUUGUAGAUUAUAGCGAUUUAUAUUAGAUCUCGAGAAUGAGAGAUUCAAAGGCAAUGGAGAGGUGUGCUACGCUUUCGUUCAACGCUACAAAAGACUAACAAGACUAACUAAAAAAAGAGCGCAAGCGAGCAAUUAAUAUGAUAUAGGAAAUCAUUUUCGUUGCUUCAGCAAGAUUUUUGGUGUCAUUUUUCAUCGGAAUCGCGUCGCAUGAAUAAAAAUGAUGCCGAAGCAAAAGCAUCUGUUUAAAAGUUUAUCUGUAAAAUUCUCGCUUGCGAACGUUACCGUUAGCCGGCGAAUAUUAAUAAUCUUUGACACUUGGAUUUAUUUAUAAUAUAUAAUUUGUCUUAUUUUUCGUAUGUUUCAUGUAUAUUCUCUAUCUUUUAUAAUUUUUUUACUUUUAUAGGCGCAAUAAUAAUGGAAUUAUCUUUGUUCAUAUAUAAUAAUCUCGAAAUUUUACUCUUAUUUUAAUAACAAAAGUAAAAUCGCCUUUAUGCUAUUGUUUUAUCUAUAUAAUAGUUAUAGCUAAUCAAUUCCGUUGGAUAAACGAAGGUGGAAGUAUUCGGUGUCGUAUGGAGGAAUGUUCUUACAUUUUUCGAGAGAGACGGAAGAUAAAAAUAUUUAUCGCGCGAGAAAAGGGGGUAUUUAAAUGAAAGAUAAAAGAGGCUGUUGCGAUUACAUAAAUACCGUUCGUUGUUAUUAGAAGGAGAUGUAAGAUAUGAUUCAGAGUAAUAUAUUAUUAGCGAUAUAGAUCACAUCACGAUCGUCACGAUAUUAUUAAAUGUUACAAUCGACCGUAAUUCGCGGCGAGAUGCGGACCGAAAUGCCGGUGAUUUUACCGAAGGGGUGAUACGCGUUGUUGGAGAUUUGGAGAAAUUUUAUAGAGUAAAUUUUAAACGGUAGGCACACGAAAAAUACACACAUGUACACGUGUACAUGCGUUUCCGCGAAGGCGUGAGAGAAAAGAAAGUCUCGAAUACUCGUAAUUUUUGCGAUAGAAGACGCAUAAUAGGCAGGCUAUUGUUGUAUAAAGUAAUUAAUUAUUGCAAUUAAGAUGACUGCCAAAUACUUGAACAUCCGCGCUUUUCGCAUGUCACAUUUAGCGUUAAACACGACGCUUCGAGAUCUCCGCCUAAUAAAAAAAGAAAAAAAAA